ACUGGCUUGGGAUGGAGUACAACAAUGGUCUGGAACAGAGUUCUGUAACAUGUAAGGUGUCCCGGUCCCCUUGCGUAUUGUUACUGUUAUAUAAUCGAUCAGGUAGUGCUCAAGGGGCGAUGAAAGGACCCGAAUCUUCGCAUUCAGGUCAAAUUUCCACCAGAGUCAGUACGAAGGAGGCAAAGAAAGACAUGUUUUCUCAGGACCGGAGGGAUAGCAUCACCAACAGAAGCACCAACCCCCAUGAAAGUUUUCCUAUCAAGUGGAAAGAUCAAACUCGAGUUCUGUCGGUGAUCAGCUGUAGACAGUUUCCCUCUUGUCACCAGUAGACAGGAUGGCUAGGCUACUGAGAAUCCAACUCUUGACUGUUCUAGCUGUUGCCAUGAUUGGAGUAGACAUUGUAAUCAGACUUCGGGCGAUGGAAAAGACAGUGAUCAGUUCCCCCAGCUAUCGAAGGACACCACCCAAACCACCUCUGUUAGUAAGCAAAGGUAACACCCGCCCCAGGUCGAGCAUCUUCACACGGGCAGCUAAUGAUACAGUGGGCAAGUUCGAUGGAAUGGGCAAUCUGGUUUCAAAGAUCCGAGAUCCCUGCAAUUAUAAAGUGCAAAUCUACGACAGGAAAGGCAUCUUGCUGAAGGAGAGAUCCGACACCUUCAGGAACAUAGCACCGAGAAAAAAAGGCCGUAGAAAUAUCCCAGUUUCCGUCCAGUGCGGCGGGAACAGCACCGUGACAGUAACUAUUGGUGAUGAGAAGAGAAAAUUCAAAGGAAUGGACGCUGUGCUCUUUCACCUCUGCCUGAGAUUAGUUCCGCCUCGGUCUCUUCCUGUUGGCAUGAACCCCAAACAGGCUUGGGUCUUUUGCUCCUGGGAAACACCGUACAUAAGUACUGCUCCACAGUUCCGAAUUAAAGAAAUUGAUGUACCCAGCUUAUCAGGCUUUACAGCCAACGCUGCAUGGACUUAUCACCGCACAUCGGAAAUCACUACACAGUUUGGAUUCUACGAACAUGGGAAGCCUAUGGUUAAUAAGACAAGGACGGUGGAUGAAUGGGUACAAGGAAAGACGGAUUUGGUGCUGUGGAUGGGAAGCAACUGUGGAAUCACCUCCUGGCCUCGAUUAAAAUUUGUUGAGAAACUACAGAGCUACAUCCCGGUUGACAUGUACGGACGCUGCGGUAACCUCACCUGCGAACCCCGAUCAUCACCCAAAUGCAACGAGGAACUGGUGCGAAAGUACAAAUUCUAUUUGGCUCUGGAGAACUCUGAAUGCGAGGAGUACAUCACCGAAAAAAUGUGGGACAGAACGCUGUUGCUAGGCGUGGUCCCCAUCGUGUAUGGAGCUUCACGGAAAGACUACGAAGAGUUUCUCCCUCCCAAUUCCUUCAUCUACGUCGGGGAUUAUAACACUGUCAAAGAAUUGGCAGAUUAUUUGAAACUGUUGGACUCUCGUCCAGACUUAUAUGCCAAGUAUUUCGAAUGGAAAUAUAAAGGGCGUGUCAGUACUACAAAAGUUUUCUAUAGUCCUUUUGACCCAUCAAGGUUUUGCCAUCUAAUACCAAUCAUUGAGAAAGUGCGUCGGGGUGAGUUACCGCGAGAGCCAGUCCUGUCGAGCCAUUUUUUUCAAACGUGCCGAGAAAAGCCAAAUUCUGUCGUAGACGGUUGGAAUCCAUGGUAAAACUGUACGGAUGGGAUGACAGCUAACGGGUGGUAAAAACACCGCUUUACCAAACGCUGCAUAGUUGUGUGUUUUUAUUAAUAAAUUCUGAACUUCUGGAUCCAUGUUCGUGA